ACAACAGCUGUGCAAUUGACGUUUGACAAUACUGUCAGCCGGUGGGAAAAGUUAUUUUUACUUACCCGAGAUUUUAAUGAAUUAAAACUCUUAGUUAAAGCCAUUAAAUAUUUAAAUAGAUUACUGAAAAGCAUCGUUUAACCUACCAACUACAAUGCCUUCGUACGAAUUAGCCCUUGUGCUGCGUCAGUUGCCCCGCCCCGAACUGAUUUCCGUGAUUAAGCGAACAGCAGAGUCCAUCCUGGAUAAGGGUGGUAUUAUCAGGAAGCUGGAGAACCUGGGAACCCGUGCCCUGCCCCACAAAGUCAGCGAACAUGGAGUGGUUCAUCGCGAGGGAACCCAUUUUACCAUCGCCUUCGAUACAGCGCCCACGAGGAUUGCCGAUUUGAAGGAGGAGUUCGGUCGAGAUAUAGAUAUCAUACGGCGGUAUAUCUUUAAGGUUGAGGAGCCCGAGGAGAAGCCCUGCACGCUGCACGAGGAGAUGCUGCCGCCCGCCUAUCGCAAGGAUGUGCAGGAAAUUAUUGCUGCUGCCCAGAAAAAACAGAAGAAGAAGUACAAUUAUAACUCCGGUUUGGACUACUAUCCCUUCCAGAAGUAGACCCAAAAUAAAGCUCGUUAAUGUAUUUGAAAAUGA